AUGAACCUCGACUCGUCGUUCCAAAAGCACUUAGAGACGAUGUCUUACAUUAUGGUCACGAAGAAUUCCAAGGAGGUCACCAAGGCAUCACCAGGACCCAUAAGCGAAUUCUAUUGGCCCGGCAUGUAUGCGGAUGUAGAACCCUUUGUGAAGGAAUGCGUUGACUGCGCGAGUGUAAAAGGAAACCCUCCACACACUGGACCAUCGCCCGGGAAUAUUGAACCCCGACAACCUUUCAAAGUGGUUUCGAUGGACUUCGUGACGCACAUGCCGAAGUCCGACCGAGCGAAUACAUUUUGCUGCUAUUCCAGGAUAUGUUUUCUGGAUAUGUGA